GUUCGAUCAACAGACCUGUUCACUCAUCCUCCUGCAGAGUUAAGUGAAGACCUCAUAUUCCAAGAUGAUGUAUGUUUUUGUGGUACUCGCUGUCCUUUGCACCAUGGGCUGGACUAUGCCUUUACCUGAUUUUUACUCAUACUCGUUGGCUGUUGGGGAGGGCACUGGAUUUGAAUUCUCUACUGCACAUCCGGAUCGGAUAACUGGAGUGAAAGUUUAUGAAUACCCAGGCGCAUACAUCAAUGGGAUUCAGCUAAAAUACGGAAAUAACUGGACUGAACUGGUUGGUGUAGAUUAUAAUGGUAACCCAGAAGAGAUGACACUCUUUGACAAUGAAUACUUCGUUCAGGUCUCUGGAAAGUAUUACAGCACCUACAUCUAUGAGGUUAUGUUUGUCACUAAUCAUGGGCGCUCUAUUAAAGUCGGUCAACCGUAUGGAGAUUCAUUUAACCUGUACCCAACCCAUGAUGGAAGUGAACUACGUUUCCUCAGUGGCCGACAGAAUGGACAUGCUCUCACUUCCCUUGGGGCUCACUGGGCUGUGUACCCUGACACAAGUACCGCCACACCUUAAAUUUAAAGUCAGAUACACUACAGUGGGUUUCUACACAUAAUUGUAUAAUUCCAGUUAACAAAUAACCCACUUACCUAAGUAACGUUCUCAGAGGUGUUCUUUCGUUCCAGUUUAAAUAACUGUUCUGUCUUAAUCAUGUUUAUGUUUUCUUGUUUAAGCUUCUUUCAUUAUGAUUAUUUCUUAAAUGGCAUUGAUCCUUUUAUUGCAAUGAGAAAUGAUAAUGUACCAUAAAUGUGAAUAAAAUAGGCCAAUAUGUACCUGAA